AUGUAUUUGAACAUUAUAUUAUUUAUUUCGACUUUAUAUGUCGUCAACGCGUCAGCUGUUAUGAUCAAAGCGAAUGAUGAUACUGUUGCGGCAAAAGCAGAUAACACUUUGGGCCAUUCACGUUACAUGAUGCCUCCUCGAUGCACGGACAAAAUAUGCGGCCAAUUCUGCGACCUCGUGGGCUUUGAUGGCGGGGCCUGUUUAGAUGGCCGAUGCAAGUGUAAUCCCAAACAAGGAACUGCUGAUGCUGGAAAUACUGAUAAUGUCGAUACUGAUCUGGUUAUGAAAAGAGAAGCUAAAGAUAUACUUGUAGAGGAUGCAGAAUCUUUCUCGCCUCCAGAAUACUCAAUUCUAGAUAACAUCUAUGACAAAUGCAAUGAGAUUUGUGAUCGGGUCUGUAGUUUCCUGCACUUCGAGGGUGGCACUUGUAGCAGUGGCCGUUGCAAAUGUAGUAAAAAAGAAUCAUCCACUAAUGAUGAAGAUGCCACUGAUCAUCUUGACGACACUAACUUGAUCACCGAACAAGAAAACAAAAAGUAA